CGGCCGUUGGAUAGCCCAUCUAGGGCCUUCGUUGCCUUUCCACCUAUCCCGCGACCAGGAACCAGGCUCUCGAUUCCCCAAUUGUCCGCUCGACACUCGCUCUCUCGUGUGUCUGGUGCUCAUCCUUCAACCGGAGAGGACCGCGCCCCGCCGACUCUUCGUUCAUCCGCUUUCUCCAAGCAAAGAUGAUGGCUGCAAGUUUCCCUAAUAUGCAUCCCCAGAGCAUGCAGCAUGGUCAUCCACUGGCACCAGGAGGCCCAGGCCAACCCACCAUGGCUCAGAUGCAGAUGCACCCGGGCGUCUCAGGGCCCGCUGGGCCCGUUAGCCAGCCGGGUCCUAUGAUGGGAGGAAUGCAACCCGGCGUCGCUCCCAAUGCCCAUGCAAUGUCCCAUUUGCAGCCCGGCCAAAUGCACAUGUUUCCAAACCAGCAAGCGCAAAUGAACAUGAAUCCGGCCAUGGUACAGCUAGCACGACAGCAAGCCGUCCUCAGACAGCAGCAACAGCAGAUGGUAAUGCAACAUCACCAACAGCAGCAACAGCACCAGCAGCAACAUCCGAAUGCAAUGGGCAUGGCCUUUCCUCCAAAUAUGGCGGGCCCAAUGAACCCUCAGCAGUUUGCUCAAAUGCAAGCCGGCGCCAUGGGCCAAGUUCCUCAGGUCCAGUUGACCCCGCAUCUACGCCAGCAGAUGCAGCACCAAAUGCAGCAGCAGGCCAUGAAUAACCCCCAGGUUAUGGCCGCCCAGCCACAUCCCCUUGCACAAGCACAACAAGCCCAGGCCCACGCUCAAGCUCAAGCAGCUCAUCAGCAACAACAGAUUCAGCAGCAACAGCACCUCCAACAACAGCAGCAACAACAGCAACAGCAACAACAGCAGCAGCAGCAGCAACAACAGCAGCAGCAACAACAGCAGCAGCAGCAACAGCAGCAACCACAGCAAUCGCAACCGCAACCACAACCCCAGCCGCCGCAACAGCCUCAAGGGCAGCCUCAAGGGCAGCCGCAGCCCCAGCCCCAGCAACAGCAACAGCAGCAACAGCAGCAGCAGCAACAGCAACAGCAACAGCACAUGGUCGCCAUGCAGCAUGCGCCCUCGCAGCAGAGUAACCAUAGUCAGUCUGGAGGACAAGGACCGCCCGCAACCACUCAACUACAGCAAGGUCCACUGCGGCCACCAUCUGCCGUCGGCAGUCAUCAAGGACAAGCGUCACCAGCACUUCAGUCUACACCACAGCAGCAGCCACAACAGGCGCCUCCUCCUGUACAACAACCCCCAGGGCCCCCUCAGGGUCCCAACCCCUCCCAACAGCCUCGUCCCCAGACACAAAGUGCGCAAUUGCAGCAACGAAACGCGGCGUUGGUACAUGCACAACAAUCAGGAAUCCACGGACAACUCCAAGCGCAGGCGGCGGCGCAUGCACGGCUGUACAACCAAGGACAGCAGAAAAUGAUGGCACCUGGGAUCGCGACAACAAGGCUCAUGAGCUUCCUCAAUGAAAUUGGUUCCUUUAGCACUGCGCGAUCCGUGAAUGACGACAGCCACUGGAGUGCCGUGGUCUCCAGGCACUUCUCCGAGACGGGUUCCUUUAUACAGAGCUUCUGGACUGCGGAUGGUGGAGGCAGGUACAAGCAGUGGGAAAUCAUAACCCCGGCUCUGCACAGAUAUUUCUUCAUCUUGUUCAACACCGACGUAGAGAGCCUCCAGAUCACCAUCGAUGGCGCAAAGGAGAGCCAAGCAGGGUCCGAUGUCAAGGUUGUAUGUGAGAGGGCGAGGCUCAUCUACACGUAUCAGAAGCCAUGCCCUGCAGAGGUUGUAUGCCGGGGUAAGCUGACCGCAUUCUGGACGGGAACGCCCAAAAUGGAAUGGCUGCAAUUCGAGAUGGAAAGACAUGAUACUUACCUUCAGCACGCUGCAUUGAAGAACCUUUUUGCCCCUCCAUCUCCCAACCAACUCAACCAGCAAUCACCUCGAAUGAACAAAUCAACUGCCAAGCAGCGGCAACAGCAGCAACAGCAACAGCAACAGCGCUUGGCCCAGCAAGAGCCCAUCCUGAAACUUUGCGAUCUGCCCGUCCCCGAUACGACAGGUUUCGGCAUACCCCCGGCCUUGCAGCAUCAUCUGGAGAUGUACGAGACAAUGAACAUGAUGGCUCCGUUGAUGGAUCACUACAAAGAAGUCGGAAGCCUCCCCCCAGGGCAGGCGUUAGUCGAUUACCUGGAGAGGACAGCAUCGAAUGCCAAUAUGGCCCAACAGCGCAUGGCGGGGAACCUUGGUCAGGGCACAGCUCUCCAGCAGAACCAACAGUUGUUCCAACAGGGAAUGCAGCAGCCCCAGGCCAUGGCUGCAGCAGGAAGAAACCCUUCCGCCAUGGGGCAAGGUCCUAUGAAUCACCAGUUCAUGUCGCCCGCCCUCGCCAGCUCCCUCCUCCCGACUGCGGCCUUGAACGGAUCGCCUCACCUCAUGCAGCAAUCACAGCUACCCUCUCCGGCAUCCCAUGCCAUGCAAGCCCAGCACAGCCAACAAGGUAGCUCCGCAUCAGCAAGCGUCAACACAUCGCCCAACGCGUCGAAUAAUAAACGAAGACGAAGUACAGUAAAGGUUGAGGGAGACGAGCCAGGCGGUCCCGAGGUCAACGGGGCGGCAAAGGUGAAACAGAGCCCACGGGGAGGCGUCAACAAGCGGUUAAAGGGUAGCUGAGUACCCACGUACGGACACGCCGACCUUCUUCGAUGUGUGCCCCUUAUCCUUUCCUUUCUGCAUGGUUCUUGCAUUUUCGACGGUUCGGUUUGACCAGCGUCGGCGUUUUCUUCUCCGGCUUGCAG